AUGGCUCCCGAGAUUAUCAAGAGACAGAGCUACGGGGCUGAGGUGGACAUCUGGUCUCUGGGUAUCAUGGUGAUAGAGAUGGUGGAUGGGGAGCCUCCACUCUUCCACUGCAGACCUACUGAGGCCAUGCAGUUCAUCAGAGACCACAGCAACCCCUCUCUCAGACACCCCGAGAAGGCAUCUCCUCUGCUACUGGACUUCCUCAGUAAGGCUCUAGUCAGAGACGGAGAGCAGCGAUCUACUGCAAGAAAACUGUUACGUCAUCCAUUCCUGAAACAAGCUGCGUCUCCGAGUUCACUGGCACAGCUGCUG